CCCACAACAUGUCUGCCGAUUUCUGGAGCUCAUCACAACGGGGCAAAUGGCAGUUCAAUCGCCAGUCCCUUCUUGAUCAGCGACGCCGGCUACUCAUCUUGGAGAAGAAAAUGAUCCAGAACGGCUUCAUCAAGGAUUACCCCAACAUCACCUACGACUCCAACAUGCGCAUCUAUCUCCAUAACUUAUUGAUCAGAUUGGGCCGACGUCUCAACGUCAGACAGGUGCCCCUCGCCACCGCCGAAGUGUACCUCUCCCGCUUUCUCUUGAAGGUGUCACUCAAAGAAAUCAACGUGUACCUCAUGGUAACCGCAUGUAUCUACGUCGCCAGCAAGGUUGAAGAAUGCCCCCAACACAUCCGACUCAUCAUUUCUGAAGCUCGAAAUCUCUGGCCAGAGUAUAUCCCCCAUGAGGUCAGUAAGCUCGCCGAGUUCGAGUUCUACUUACUCGAAGAAAUGGACCUAUUUUUGAUUCUCCACCACCCAUACCGAUCGCUCAUCCAACUCCAACGGUUUUUGACCGCCAACCUCGACCAGUACCAUUUCUUGUUGACCAACGAUGAGCUCCAACAUACGUGGUCGUUGAUCAAUGAUAGCUACAUCACCGAUUUGCCAUUGCUCUUCCCUCCGCAUAUCAUCGCUGUGUCAUGUGUCUACAUCACCAUUGUGUUGAAAAAAGCCCUAAACUCCAUCAGGCUCAACAAGAGUAUCACCGGUGAUGGCAUGGGCGCCGGCAGUACUGGCGGUGGUUCUACGGGAGAUGACCACCCCGAGUCGGCACAAAUGGAUGCUCACGGAACUGAUAAAGAGAUGCACAUCGACGAUUUGAUGGCCUUGACUAGCGAAAACUCUGCCAGCGACAAUAAUGCCCUCGAGUCGGGGUCCGGCCUUCAGGACAUGAAGUUGGACGAAGAUACCAUACGUAUCAACCGGUUUAUGAACUUCUUGGGUCAUAGCCACAUUAACCUCGAUGAAGUUUCGGAAGCCAUGCAAGAUAUCAUCAAUGUCUACGUGAUUUGGAACCGAUAUAACGAAGCUAACGUCAAGAAAUCCCUUCAGUAUAUGCUAUUGAAUCGGUAGUGAGUGCACC